AUGAGGCGCACAGGAAUUGACGGCCACCCGACUGAGGGACAAGACGGUACACCAACAGCCCCUAAGCGAAACCAACAAGAGGCUGGGAUUGGCAGAGAGAAGUACCCUACGCAGCCGCGAGGGGCCCAGCGGAACAUCACACCAACGACAGGAGGCGCUUUCAGUGAGAGGACCCAGCGGCUGGUCGAUGAUUUCCUUCGUAGGACAGGGCGAACAGUCCGAGGAAACACUUCUCGUCCAAAUCAAGAAGUAUCGACGCCCAAUGAAGCGGAGGCCGAAGAGCCAACAUCUGAUCAUCAACUUGCGCCGGUGGAGACGGGCUCGGGAACAACUGAACCUUCAGAACCUGCCAUUGAGGUGACAGGAGCCCUACUCCCGGAAGAUUAA